GGGUUGUACGCACUCUCAGGGCUUAUAUCCGGAUCCGUAUGUAUUGAGUGAAUCAUUGAUUUGUUGACAACAAUGGCUGAGGUGUGGGAUGUGUUGACCAUUUGAUGCAAAGCCCAUACAAACCCUACCAGUGAUUAUCCACACACUGUGUGAUUGUCCACCCAUUCAUGCUUUGGUCGGCCACUCGUUAUUGACGCCAAUCUGUGUCUACACUUCGCGUACAAAUCGAAGGCAUUGUUUGCGGACAACGAGUGUCUGCGAGAGUGGGAGUGAUGUCUGGCCCACAGCCCAGCGCUAGUGAGUCGAGUGCGGGCGGAGACAGUGACCAAGACUUUGAUCCAUCGGCUGAUAUGUUGGUCAAUGACUUCGAUGACGAGCACACACUCGACGAAGAAGAGGCCAUCAGUGAUGAGCUGAAUGGCGAAGAAGAGAUCGACGACUUGCAGAAGGAAGGGGAAAUGCCUUUGGAAGAGCUGAUGGCACUGUACGGCUAUACAGAGAAAGUGGGCUCAAGUAGUGAUAAGAGUGUUGAGAGGGCUGAGGCCACGUCCACAACACCGACCGAAACCAAUUCACUUCAGGCCUCGGAAUUGCAUUCAAAUAGCAAUUCAAAUGCUAGUCAAUUGAUAGGUGUAUCGCACUUACGUUCCUCUCAGCCCUUCACUCAUAUGAAUAACCAAAAUAUGGUCAGCGAUUCCUCUGACGACGAGUCCGACGACGACUUCUCCGCCAACGAAGAGGACUGGAGGCGAACCAUUCAAGUGGGCUCUGACUAUCAGGCCUCCAUCCCAGAGGGUCUGUCCCGAUAUGACGGCGCGCCCGCCUAUGAGAACGAGGACAGACUCCUAUGGAAUCCGUCGUUUCUCACCGACAAAGACAUUGAGGAAUAUUUGACAAAAUUCUCUCAGUCUGAAGAGGCGAACGCCGAUGAAGUGGUGGUCUCAUCGACGCUAACUCUGCCGACCGGAUCUCAUAUUAGAGACGACGAACAGGCGCUCUAUCUCUUACAUCAAUGCGGACACAAUGUCGAGGAAGCGAUCCGACGCAAGCGCACGACACCAAACUUGCCGGCAGUGAACGAGUCCAUGAGCUCCUGGUCUGAAGAAGAAUGUAAAGCAUUCGAAGCCGGACUAAGAAGUUAUGGCAAAGACUUUCAUUUAGUCCAACAAAAUAAAGUUGUUCGGACGCGUUCUGUGGGAGAAUUGGUUCAGUUUUACUAUUUGUGGAAAAAGACCGAAAGACACGAUGUCUUCGCCACUAAAUUCCGUGUCGAGAAGAAGAAAUAUUCGUUACAUCCGGGAACCACUGAUUAUAUGGACCGCUUUCUGGACGAACAGGAGAAUAUGGCGCUCACAAACAUGUCCUCUUCGUCCUCAUCACUCAAUAACAUGAUGUCGUCAAACAAACAACAACUAUUGCAUCCGUCGUUCCGUUCCUCUCCAUCGACGCAAACCUUGACAUUAGGUCCACACAAAUCGGAUCACAUUUUGUUGGACGACUUGUCCACACAUUACGCCAAUAUAAACAGUCUGUGCGACUCCGGCGGCGGCACUAAUUCAAGUCAUAUUAGCGGCGCUACCAUUGGUUCAUACGUUAACGGAUACUAUAAGAAGAGUAGUGACACCAGUAGUGAUAGUGUAUUGUGUAGUGUCGGCGGCGGCGGUGUUGUGGGCGCCGGCAAAGUGUGUCAUUCGGUUAAUUCCCACCACAACAACAACACACCCCAUCUGACCAGCGAUUGGGUCGCACAACAGCAGCAGUCAGUGACCACAAGCAGCACAACGACGGCCACCGGUCCUGUCAUUGCUGUCGAGUUGGCUCCGGAGUUCAUUAGACGCGCACCCAUUUCAUCGACAACUUUAAUCAAUGAUAACAAAAUUAAUUCAAACUCUAAUAACACUAACACUACAAACAGUGGUUAACACAUCGAUUGCAACCCAAAAACAACUUCGAUAUCAACACAUCAGUCAAUUCGCAUCACUUGACGCUUCAUUUUGUGUAUAAUUUAUCAUUUUUUGCUA